ACUUCGCCUGGGACUUACAGCAGGGGCUCGCUGUUGGCGGGGGGGGGAGGGGGGCUCCCGGGGGCUCCCGUCACCCCCCGCCUUUUGCUAGAGGCUGCACGGCUGUGCGAGCUUGAGGAGGAAUAUGAAGGUGGGCUGGCCGGGUGAAAGCCGCUGGCAGGUGGGCCUGGCUGUGGAGGACAGCUCAGUUCUGGGAGCACCGCUGGUGGGAGGGCUCCCGGACGUGGUGCCGGAGGGGACGCUGCUCAACAUGGUGCUGAGGAGGAUGCAUCGGUCCCGAAGCUGCUCCUACCAGCUGCUUCUUGAGCACCAGCGCCCCAGCUGCAUCCAGGGCCUUCGCUGGACGCCACUCACCAACAGCGAGGAGUCCCUGGAUUUCAGCGUGAGCCUCGAGCAGGCCUCCACGGAGCGGGUGCUGAGGGCUGGGAGGCAGCUGCAUCGGCAUCUCCUGGCCACCUGCCCCAACCUCAUCCGAGACCGAAAGUACCACCUCCGACUCCACCGGCAAUGCUGCUCUGGCCGGGAACUGGUGGAUGGGAUCUUGGCCCUGGGGCUGGGGGUCCAUUCCCGGAGCCAAGCCGUAGGAAUCUGCCAGGUGCUGCUGGAUGAAGGUGCCCUCUGUCAUGUGAAACACGACUGGGCCUUCCAGGAUCGAGAUACCCAAUUCUACCGUUUCCCCGGGUCGGAGCCAGAGCCUGCAGGCAUCCAUGAGCUGGAGGAGGAGUUCGUUGAGGCUCUGGCCCUGCUCUCCCAGCGGGGGCCUGACGCCCUGCUCACGGUGGCACUUCGAAAGCCCCCCGGUCAGCGCACAGACGAGGAGCUGGACCUCAUCUUUGAGGAGCUGCUGCACAUCAAGGCCGUGGCCCACCUCUCCAACUCGGUGAAGCGGGAAUUAGCGGCAGUUCUGCUCUUUGAACCGCACAGCAAGGCAGGGACCGUGUUGUUCAGCCAGGGGGACAAGGGCACCUCGUGGUACAUCAUCUGGAAGGGAUCUGUCAAUGUGGUGACCCACGGCAAGGGCCUGGUGACCACACUGCAUGAGGGUGACGACUUUGGACAGCUGGCUCUGGUGAACGACGCACCCCGGGCAGCCACCAUCAUCCUGCGAGAAGACAACUGUCAUUUUCUUCGCGUGGACAAGCAGGACUUCAACCGUAUCAUCAAGGAUGUGGAAGCAAAGACCAUGAGGCUGGAGGAACAUGGCAAAGUGGUGUUGGUGCUGGAGAGAACCUCUCAGGGCACUGGCCCUUCUCGUCCCCCAACCCCAGGCAGGAACCGGUAUAUAGUGAUGUCUGGCACCCCGGAGAAGAUCCUAGAACUUCUGUUGGAGGCCAUGCGGCCUGAUUCCAGUGCUCAUGACCCAACAGAGACAUUCCUCAGCGACUUCCUCCUGACCCACAGUGUCUUCAUGCCGACUGCCCAGCUUUGCGCUGCCCUCCUGCACCAUUUCCACGCGGAGCCCGCGGGAGGCAGCGAGCAGGAGUGCAGCACCUACAUCUGCAACAAGAGACAACAGAUCCUGCGGCUGGUCAGCCAGUGGGUGGCCCUGUACGGCCCCAUGCUCCACACCGACCCUGUGGCCACCAGCUUCCUCCAGAAACUGUCAGACCUGGUGAGCAGGGAUGCCCGGCUUAGCAACCUGCUGCGGGAGCAGUGGCCAGAGAGGCGGCGACACCACAGGUUGGAAAAUGGCUGUGGGAACGCAUCUCCGCAGAUGAAGGUGUCUGCCCCGAAUGAGGCCUGGAACAUGCCUGUUUGGCUCCCCAGCCAGGAUGAACCUCUCCCCAGCAGCAACUGUGCCAUCCGAGUCGGGGACAAAGUCCCCUAUGACAUCUGCCGGCCGGACCACUCGGUGCUGACCCUGCAGCUGCCUGUGACGGCCUCAGUGAGAGAGGUGAUGGCGGCAUUGGCCCAGGAGGACGGCUGGACUAAGGGGCAGGUGCUGGUGAAGGUGAACUCUGCGGGCGGUGAGUUGUGUCUCUGGGUAGGGUGGCCCCAAGGGAGGGGACCCCCUCAGAGCCGUGCCCAUCCCCCGAAUUAAGAUUAUCAUCAUCUUUAUUAUCUUUAUCAUGUUAAUGAUGGUUAGCAUUUAUUGGGAGGUUUAUUACACCUCUUCGAAGUGCUUUGCAUGUGGUGCUGAAGAGCAUGAACUCUGGAGCCUGCUGCCUGCAUUUGACUUCUGCCCUUUGGCUCCCUUCUCUCUGUCCCUGCGCAGGAUGCUUAAUCUCUCUGUGCUCUGUUUCAUCAUCUGUAAAAUGGGGACGAAAAGAGUGCCUGCUUCAGAGAGGAAUUGUGAGGAUAAAUGAGCUAAAUUAGAUAUUAGAAUCAAUAUCUAAAUUAGACAAAUUACUUAAGCUCAAAGGGGUUCAGUGAUUUUCCCAAGUUCACACAGUGAGAGCGUCGACAGCCUUUGAAUUCGGGUAGUUGCUCAUUUAGUCUGUAGUCAUCUUUGAGGGCCAGCUGUGGGCCAGCAGUGUGUUAGGAGGUAGAGGUACCGUGGCAGGUAAGAUAGAGCAGCUUGAUGGUUAAGAGCCUAGACUGUGGACUCCCAGAUCGGAGCUGGAAUCCCAGACCCACUGCUUACUAGCUGUGUGAUCCUGGGCAAGUUGUUUAACCUCUGUGAACUUCGGUUUCCUCGUCUGUCGAAUGAGCACUGUAGCUGUACCUAUCACAUAGGACUGCUGUGGCUAUUAAAUAAGCUACUGUGUUUAAAGCUGUUAGCAUGGGACCCAGCAUAAAGUUGGUGCUCGGAAUAUGGCAACACGAGGAUUAUUAAGACCUGCCUUUGGAGAG